AUGUACAUGAAGAUUGUAGGGAGCUUUUUGUAUUUGACAGCAACUAUACCAGAUUUGAUGUAUGCUGCCAGUUUAUUGUCAAGGUUCAUGAACAGUCCCAUAAAGAAACAUUUUGGAGUUGUAAGGAGAGUCCUGAGAUAUAUGCAGAGUACAAUAAGCUAUGAGAUUGAUUAUGUAAAAGACAAAGAAGCAACACUUAAGGGAUCAUGUGAUGUUAACUGGGCAGGUAGUGAAGAUGAUAGUAGAAGCACCUCAAGCUAUGCCUUCAGUUUUGGAAGUGGUGUCUUAUUCUGGACCUCUGUGAAGCAAAACACAGCUACUUUAUCAACUGUAGAAGCUGAGUAUGUCUUUGCAGUAGAGGCCACAACUCAGUCUAUUUGGUUAUGGUUUGUGCUUGAUGAUUUUGGGGAGAUGUAA